AUGACACGCGCUCAACAAACGAUCUCUGUCCUCCUCCUGGUCUCCUCUCUCUACCUCGUCUUGUACCUGGGACUUGUACCCCUGAACGAGACCGUCCAGCGCGAAAUCAUCCCAGUCCUCCCCUUCUACACCUUAAUAUGUUUCGCGUGCUACCUGGGCGGCCGGUUAGGUCUGGCGAUCCUGACAUUCAACGACGUGCCUGAGGCGCAUGCGGAGUUGCAGAAGGAGAUUGCGCAAGCGAGAGCCGAGCUGCGCAGCAAGAACAUUGAUGUCGAUUGA